AUGGCAAGAAGGCAGAUAACAUUUGUGUUGAGCUCGAUUUACUUUCUGGCAUUGCUUGGAAUUAGCGUAGAUAGGACCAAUAGAGUGUUCGGAUUUAUUGUUCACCUUCCCCUCCUGUUCUUGAACUUCGUACUUAUGAUGCUCCUGAUAUCGGCCGGGCAACAGCUUUAUCAAAAGAAUCUUUGA